UUUAUUGGAGAUCCAAAUUCCACUUUCCAACGAGGCAUAUAAAAACAUCCCACCAAACCUUCCGUAACUGGGAUGAUCACCACCACAAUUGCAUGUGUUAAAAGCCAUUUCAACUGACUGUGUCUCUGUAGAAACCACGCAAUUUUAACAAAAAAAUUGUUUGCAUCAAUCAAUAUUUUUUUCUCCAUUGAUGCACAGGUCGUGCUCCAAGAACCAAACAGGUUUGCUGCUUACAGUUUCUUUAUCUAUUGUCUGCAUUCUUUCAUCGUUCCUUUAGAAAGAAGAUCAGGGUAGCUUGUUAUGUUACAUAAGUAUAUAUCAAGAUUUUGUAUACAACAAAUAUGGACAUUAAAGAGAAUAUCUUGAUGGGAAGAUAUGAGUUGGGUAGAUUACUAGGUCAAGGCACAUUUGCGAAGGUAUACUAUGCUCGCAAUUUGAGAACAGGAUCAAGUGUAGCAAUUAAGGUAAUAGACAAAGAGAAAGUUUCAAGAAUUGGGCUUAUUAAUCAAAUCAAGAGAGAAAUAUCAAUUAUGAGACUUGUAAAACACCCUAACAUCUUACAACUAUAUGAAGUCAUGGCAACCAAAACCAAGAUCUAUUUUGCCUUAGAAUACGCUAAAGGAGGUGAGCUUUUCAAUAAGGUAGCAAAAGGAAGGCUAAAAGAACAUAUAGCUCGUAAAUAUUUCCAACAGUUAAUCAGUGCCGUUGAUUUUUGUCACAGUAGAGGGGUUUAUCAUCGUGAUUUGAAACCCGAAAACUUGUUAUUAGAUGAGAAUGAAAAUCUUAAAGUCUCUGAUUUUGGGUUAAGUGCUCUUGCUGAAUCGAAGCGUGAAGAUGGCCUCCUGCAUACGACGUGUGGGACCCCUGCUUACGUGGCACCCGAAGUGAUCAAUAGGAGAGGCUACGAUGGUGAUAAAGCCGACGUUUGGUCUUGUGGGGUGAUUUUAUAUGUUCUUUUAGCUGGUUAUCUUCCAUUUCAUGAUUCAAAUAUACUCGAAAUGUAUAGAAAGAUUGGUAAAUCGGAAUUUAGGUUUCCAAAUUGGUUUCCAUUAGAAGCACGAAGAUUGAUCUUGAGAAUCUUGGAUCCGAAUCCCGUUAAAAGAAUCACAAUUUCGAAAAUAAAAGAAAAUUCUUGGUUUAAAAAGGGAAAGAUCGAAAAUAAUGGAGCUUCAGGGUCGUCGUCGUCGUCAACGGUUAUAAAAAGUCAAGAUUCAAUGAAGCCGUCGAGUAUGAAUGCGUUUCAUAUAAUCUCCCUGUCUCCAGGGUUCGAUUUGACAACGUUGUUUGAGGAAUCCCGACAUAAAAAGGAGGCGAGAUUUACUAUUUGGCGGCCGGCUUCUGUUAUUAUUUCUAAAAUGGAAGAAGUUGGUAAAGUUUUGGGGAUGAAAGUGAGUAAAAGAGAAGCGGGGUUGUUGAAAUUGGAGGGAAUGAAGGAGGGUAGAAAGGGAAUUUUGUCAAUUGAUGCUGAGAUAUUUGAGCUUACGCCGUCGUUUCAUAUGGUGGAAGUGAAGAAAUGUAAUGGAGAUACGUUGGAAUAUCAGAAAGUACUAAAUGAAGGUUUAAGACCUGGACUUGAAGAUGUAAUUUGGGAUUGGCAACAGGAUCAACAAGUACAACCAGAGCAGCAUGAGGGUUAGAAGGUUUGAUUAAAAAAGCAUGGACCAAGUCAAUAGGCAUGUAGUCGACAAGGAAGAAAUGUUGUAUCUAUGUGGAAAGCCUGAUUAGGCUGAUAUAAAAAAUAUACCUAGAUUAUAGAAAACUUUAUCACCUUAUCCAUGUAUAAUAGGCUAGCUGAUCAUAGCACAAAGACACAUCGCCUCUCACUCUCACUUUCGCUUUGAACACUCUUUAGCACAACUACACUCAUCAUGCGAUCAGUUAGUUAGCACCUGUAACCUAUUUUCUACUUAAUCAAAGUUCUAAAACAAUGUGACGUUA